UGCGUCCUAGCCCGUACACCUUCACCUUUCUCUCUCUCUCCCCGCUUUUCUCCUUCUCCCGCUCUGUCUCUUUGGUUGAGCAAAUAUCCCUGCCCCUUCCUUCUCUCUCCCUCCCCCCCCGUCGCUCUCUUUCUCUCUCCCCUGGCUGCAAAACCAACUAGAACCCACCCGCCCCAUCUCUCUCUCGCUUGCGCGAGCAGCAAAACCAGGGGACCCGCUCCACACUCUUGCACUCAUCCUCCCUCUCUCUCAGAAAAACCACGCCAGCAGCAUGACUAGGGCAGCAGCGGCUCACUUGCUCUUGGAGAAAGGUUACAGAAUGAGUAGUUUGGCAACUAGCAACACCAUGUCCAUUCCAUUCAAGGUUUACGAUGGUUUUGACCGACACUGUUUGGUGUACAUUUCUCUUAGUACCGACAACCCUUAUAGGAAGUACUACAAAUGCAAAUCCAAGUGCAAAUCAUGUCACAAAUGGAAUGUUUUAUGUGAUAUGUAUCAUAGUAGCGGACAUGAUUGGAAUAAAACAUCAUCAUCACCAUCGAAUAAUGAAACAUAUGGCCAAUAUUUUAGUAGAUCAACAAAGACAAAUUGCACAAGGGGAGACAAGCGCAUUCUUGUUUAUGUUUUAGCUUUGUCAGUCGUAUUUAUUAUUGCAUUAGUAUGUGUCCUCUUAUUUCCUUUCAUCAACUUGUAAUUUAAAGUGACCUGAAAGAUAUUGAGGGUGACUUUUUUGUUGAUACCAAUGUGAGAAUGGGUUAGGAUUGUUUGAAGCCUUGGUAUCUAUGUUUUUGUUUUUGGUAUAUGUCUUUGUUGUUAUAUUCAUGUCUUUGUUGUUAUAUCCAUGUCUUUGUUGUUUUUUUGUUCAUUGUUGUUUUGCUGACACAAUUGAGAAAGAGAGAGCACAGGGUAUUGAACUUUCGGUA